AUGAGCGUCUCGCUAGGGCGUGCGUGGCUUCACGACUUCGAUUAUAAGAUGAACCAAGCCUCAAAAGCAGGCUUCAAAGGAAUAGAAAUCUUCUACGAAGACCUCGAAUACAUUGCACGAGGAUUUUUAUGCAAUGACUCUCCAGUCCCAGAUCAACUGCUCCAAGCAGCAGAUCAUAUCCACAAAGUCUGUCAGACCGAAGGUCUCGAAAUCAUCGGCCUCCAGCCAUUUCUUUUCUACGAAGGCCUCAAAGACCGAGAGCAACAUGCUCGACUGAUUCAAAAGAUGGAAUUCUGGCUCCAACUCGUCAAGCGUUUAGGCACAACUACCAUCCAAAUCCCGGCCAAUUUUCUUCCGGCAGAACAACUCACCGACGAUUUCGAUAUCAUCGCCGCCGACUUGAGAGAGGUUGCGGAUAUGGGAGCUGCCGAAUCCCCAGUUGUUCGGUUCGCGUAUGAGAAUCUGUGCUGGAGUACACAUGUUGAUACAUGGGAAAAACUGUGGGAUGUCGUGAAGCGCGUCGACCGACCUAAUUUUGGAAUGUGUCUUGACACGUUCAAUAUCGCCGGAAGAGUGUGGGCUGAUCCCGCCUCGCCAACUGGCAAGACUGCCAAUGCUGAUGCAGAUCUGAAAGCCUCGCUUGAAAGGAUGGUAGCUGAGGUUGAUACCUCCAAGGUCUUUUACAUUCAGGUUGUUGACGCGGAGAGAAUGGAGUCGCCACUGGUUGCGGGCCAUCCUUACCACGUGGAAGGUCAGCCUGCAAGAAUGAACUGGUCUCGGAACGCCAGGUGUUAUAUGUAUGAGGAGGACCGUGGAGCGUAUCUCCCAGUCGAGGAGAUUGCCAAGACGCUUGUCUUUGGUCUGGGGUAUAAGGGAUGGAUUUCAAUGGAAUUGUUCUCCCGGACUAUGGCAUACGAGGGCAAGACUGUGCCGGAUGAUCAUGCGAACAGAGGUAUCGCGUCCUGGAAGAAAUUGGAAGAAAGACUCCAGCUCAAUCAAUGA